CACCGAUCUCUCCGGGGGAUCUUGGGCCACGGCCGACUAUCGAUGAUCAGCAUCCACCAGCCUCCAGCACUCUCCACAACGGGAAUAAGCCAUCCGUCCUGUCGGAGUAUAAGGUUAUGGUCCAUGGCAGGUCCAUAGGCCCCUCCGCGUCCCGGUCUCAGUGCUGUGCUCAUUCCCCGCCGCCAUGCCCAAGAUCAUCCCCUUCACCGCUGUCCUGCUCUCGGGACUGCUGGCUCAAUCCCAUCUCGCCGCCGCUGUCGGCCGGGCCUGCGACUCUGAGACCCGCCCAUACUCGACCUGGAUGACUGACAGCGUCAUCGCUCGCCGAGAUGCCAUUCUAGACUCCAGCACCCAAGAUGACGUCUCCAUCGUCUUCAAGAUCGCCUUGUUCGAGUCCACCGUUAUCCGACUGAAAGAGUACUACGAUGCGGAUUCCUGUGGCCAGGAGGAUUGGCACAGCUACCUAUUGGAGGGCGCCGAAAGCCUCCUCCCCCGAGUGCUGAAUGUCACCGCAGAUAUCAACGCCCCUUUGGACGUGUUCGCAACCGGGGAUGCCAUGUACCACCAAUAUGACCGCAACUCCAACGCAACCUACAAGCAAGUCCUUGAUACCCUUCACGACGCGUUCAACGCAAGAACUCGGAACUCAGAAGACGGUCUCUGGUACUACAAUGCCUACCCCAACCUCAGCUUCCUCGACGGAAGCUUCCCCCUCAGCUCCUUCUCCAGCCUCUGGCAGACCUGCUUCUCGCCCACCAACACCUCCAUCGCCAACGACCUGAUGCACAACCUCGACCUCUUCAAAGACCACUGCCACGACGACAGCAGCGGCCUCCUCUUUCACGGCUACGACGCCAGCAAAUCCGCCUGGUGGGCCGACCCCACCACCGGCGCGAGCCCCUACGUCUGGGACCGCGCCUUGGGAUGGUGGCACAUGGCGCUCGUCGAUCUCCUCGAACAAACCGACAACAACAACAUCCUGAACCAGACGCAACGCGACGACGUCUACACGAAAUACUGGAACCUCGCCAACACCAUCAUCAAUGACGCUGACAACUCCACCGGCUGCUGGUGGCAGGUCAUGUUGCACGGCGGCCAGGAAGGGAACUAUAUCGAAUCAAGCGGCUCCUCUAUGUUCGUGUACUCGUUGCUCAAGGGCGCCAGAUUGGGGUAUUUGUCGGGUUCGACGCCGAAUGGUGUGGGAUAUACUGAUGCGGCGGAGAAAUGCUACAAUUAUCUCGUGGAGAAUUUUAUUACCCAAGAAUCGGAUGGCACGUUGGGUAUGGAUCGCACGGUCUCGGUGUGUGGGUUGACGGAUCCGACGUUUGAGUACUACACUUCCCAACCCAUCGACUACAACAGCGUCUUCGGCACCGCACCCUUCAUUCUCGCUAGCUGGGAGCACGAGAUGUUCACAGCGGGAUCCGACACUUAAAAACUAUACACUACCAGUUACCCACUCUAGUUACCCAUAAUCCAUAGAAACAACAUACUCCGACACGACAAAUACCCACUUCUCCUAUAAUCCAAAUCGUACCUCGUAUCUCCUGAUCCCAUGACAAACUCUCCCCAUAGCCCAAG